AUGACUUUAAUACAAAGAAACCCUAAAAUAAUUAAUUUCCAUAACGUUUGUGGAGCAGAAAAUGAUGAUAGUUUUACUCAUAGAGUUCUUUUCAUUGCUCUUGAUGCUUCAAAUAAUAAAGAAUUUACUUCAGGAGCUGUUUUUAUUGUAAAGAUUCUUGUACCUGAAUUCGCUAAUCUUCAAAGUGAUCAAUUUUCUUUCCAAUUUUUUACAGAAGGAAUUACAAAUAAACUUGUUUGUAUUACAGCUAUUCCAACAGGAAAGAAGGUUGUUUUAAGAACUUUUGGUAAUUAUACUGAAUAUCUUGUUGACAGAAGACAAGAAUCUGUUAUUAUGAAUACUUAUGGACAAAAAGUUUAUGGAGGGUUUUUGAAUGGAAUUGUUUAUGACUUUACACCAGGAAGAACUAUGGACUAUAAUGAAUUUAGAAAACCUGAAAUUCUAAGUAAAAUGGCAGAAUGUAUUGCUGGUGUUCAUCAUCUUAAACCAAAUUUAAAAAAAGAACCAAUAUUAUUUAAAGAAAUGAGGGCAUGGUUAAAUAAUGUACCAAGUCAUUAUCUUGACCCCGAAAAACAAAAAAUUUUUUCUAAUUCAAAUAUCAAUUUUGACGAUUUAUCAAAAGAAAUUGACUAUGUAGAGAAAAAAUUAACUGCACUUAACUCACCAAUUGUAUGUUGUCAUAAUGAUCUUUAUUUAAAGAAUUUCAUUUAUAAUGAAGAAAACUCUUCUAUUAAAUUGAUUGAUUUUGAAUAUGCAUCAUAUAAUUUCCAAGCAUUUGAUUUAGCUAAUCAUAUUACUGAAUGGUGUGGAGUUGUUAUGGAUUGGAGUAAAUACCCUACAAAAGAAGAACAAGAUUUCUUUUUAAGAAGUUAUCUUGAAGCUUAUAAUGGAAAGAAACCUUCUGAUGAAGAAGUUGAUCAUUUAUAUGAUGUUGUUAAUCAAUUCCAAUUAGCUACAAAUCUUCUUUGGUCUCUUUGGGGAUUUGUUGAUGCAUCAUUAUCAAGUAUUGAAUGGGAUUAUUUGGACUAUGCGUUUAUGAGAUUAAAUAAAUAUUAUGAAUUAAAAAAGAUUCUUUAA